AUGCCCCGCCCGCGCCGGUUCGCCGUGCUGGCCCCGCGUUGGCCGCCCGCCCGCCCGCCCAGAAAGAAGGGAGAGGAGAUAAGAAGAAGAGCGCUGCCUGCCCAGCAUGCUGCUCUUGAGAAUCAGAUACGUCCACCAGCAGCUGCUGCUGCUGCUCUUCGCCACGGCAACCAACAUUGCAACCGCAGAAACGUCUUCGAGAGGCCAUGGGGGCGACGAGAGAGGCACCGGUUGAGGGUGGUCGCCCUGGACCUCUUCUCCCAGGGGCUCACCGGCACCAUCUCCCCUGCCAUCGGCAACCUCACCUUCCUGCGUUCACUCAACCUGAGCUUCAACACCCUUCAAGGCGAGAUCCCUCCCACCAUCGGCUCCCUCACGCGCCUCCGGCUCAUUGACCUGAGCACAAACAUGCUCACUGGUGUCAUCCCAAGGAACAUCAGCCGCUGCACCAGCCUGGAUACGAUGUACAUCAAUAGUAACAAGGGGAUACGGGGAAGCAUACCGGAUGAGAUUGGCAACAUGCCGUCUCUCUCAUAUCUAGUGCUGUUCAAUAACAGCAUCACCGGAACCAUCCCAUCGUCUCUUGGGAACCUUUCCCGGUUGAUCGAGUUGUCCUUGUCGUUGAACUACCUUGAGGGAUCAAUCCCUUCAAGCAUUGGGAACAAUCCAUAUCUCACUUUCCUUCAGCUCUCUGUUAAUAAUAUCUCUGGUUUGCUUCCUCCUUCCCUGUACAACCUGUCAUCUCUUAAUUACUUUUACACAGCAGACAACAAUCUGCAUGGCCGUCUACCAUUUGAUCUGGGGAAAAGCUUUCCGAGCAUCCAAGAGAUUUUCAUUGGAGGAAACCGAUUUUCUGGAGCUCUUCCACAAUCAAUAACUAAUCUGUCCAAGCUGCAGAUGCUUUACGUGGAGAACAAUAGUUUUGCCGGAAUUGUUCCUUCCAGAUUGGGUAGAUUGCAAAAUCUGGAAGUGUUGAUUCUGGAAGACAACAUGUUAGAGGCAAACAACGAGGAAGAGUGGGAACAUAUUGCUUCUUUGACGAAUUGUAGCAGAUUACAAAAGUUAAGCAUUGGAUGGAACAAGUUCGCAGGGAAACUGCCAAGUUCGUUGGCUAAUUUGUCCACCAACCUCCAAUGGCUGCGGACUACCAGCAACAACAUAUCUGGUCUCAUCCCAUCAGAUAUUGGAAAUUUGGGAAGGCUUGAGUAUCUUGAUUUUAGAGACAACUUACUCACUGGGGUCAUUCCUGAAAGCAUAGGGAAGCUUACACUGGGGUCAUUCCUGAAAGCAUAG